CCGCCGAAGAGGUACAUCUACCUGUCUUUUGUACAUACCUGUACGCACGCGAGAGGAGCAGCCGAGAGUUCUUUUUUCCGGUGCUGUGUGUAGCCUCUGCUGGCGUCCUGCUCUUUCAGGGCAACGUGUCCAUAGAGGAACAACCGAGAGAGGGCGAACCGAGCCGAAGCUGUUGCGUCACUGUAUUGGUCGCCGUCGUCGUCGUCGUCAUCAUCGUCGGGUGCAGAACAUCUUCUUCAGGCACCGGACCGGACCAGCAACAGCUCAAGAAGGACGUCGUCAUCGCCACCGACGUCGCUCAUCAGUCAGUCGAUAACGCGAUUUUCCCGCAAAACGUUCUCUCUGUGCCGUCUAGCGCUGCCGAUUUAAUAUUAUUAUAUUCAAUCAAUUCAAUCCAAUCACCUGGCUCAUUAUUAUCGUCACUCAACAUUCGCGCCGUCAUAUCUUGAGUAUCGUCGUGCUUUUUCCAAGUAUCCAAAAGUUUCCUCGACUUGACAGUUUCGGGAAUUCCUGAAUUGUGCGUGAGAGUGCGAACGUGAGAUCAAGAUCGGUUCCUCGCCCGUCAACGCGUAUUUCACACGGUGCGAACACUUGCUAAGUGCUGCUUCCAAGUGGUCACGGUGAACUCCGUAGCGUUCGCAGUCGCGAUCCAUCCAAGCGUUCGCUCGCAGAAGUGCUCGUCGGGUUCUCGAUAAGUGGUGUUGAUGUUCUCUUGAAGAAACCAAAAUCCGUUCAGUUCGUCGAAGGAAGUCACCAUUCCAGCUGUCAAUUCCCGGCAAGAAGAAGUAGUAAAAGAAGAGCGAGAGAAGUGUGUCCUAACCCUCCUUCGAAUCCUGAUCCGUUCCUUAAGAAAAGUAAUUCCAACUCCCGGAGGAAGCGAACCGAAACGUCGAACCUGAGGGAACCUAAGAGUGCGCGUAGAGAGGCUUGUUGAAUACCGCGUAAAAAUUCUAGAUCUAUCAAAAGAUUCAACCGCGUGCGGAGAUUCGUCGUGACACGACACAAAACCAACACAGAAAACGACAACAGGAGAUUGUGUGCAAUUUAUCAAGAAAACAAGUAAUUAUUUAACUUAAAAGUAAGAUUUACACACUUAAGUAUACCUGAUCAAGAGAGAAGCGAAGAUUGUAGAACAAUCAGAUCAAUUGAGAUUGAUAUCUGCAAGGAACUUUUGUUGAGAUUUGUUUUUGUUUUAGAAAAACUGUAGAAGGGAUUAGCGUGUUUAUGAAAAGGUAAAUUUAGCGAAAGAUAAAGCGAUAGUUAAGCCGUUGCUCAAUAGUUAAGCGAGAGGAUAUUUUGUGAGCGUUUUAACCAAAGAUUUUCUGUCUUAGAGAUUCAAUAAUCGUCGUUGUCGUCGUCAUCAUCAUAUCGUUGUGAACAAUUUUUCCCGUUUAAAUUUAGAAAAAAUCGUGCAAUAGGCAAAUUGAGCCUCCUCACUAAAGAGACAAUCAAAACUAGAAAAAAAAAUACGAUCUAGCGGUUCUAGAUCAAUACCUAAAGCAUACUUAAGUAGUCGCCAAACGAGAGACAAUCCACAUAUCAAACAAACGGUUCGUGUAUAUCAAGCUCGUACGGCAAGCUUGUCCGGAUUCUGACUUUGAUAAGUCCACGUAACGAAGAGAACCCAAGAAGGGGGUACACAGAAAACUCGUUUUCAUAUCCCGUCUUUCUUCGCGUUUCCUCGCUCCAUUCUGAAGCUAAUAUCCAGCAACAACAACAACAGAAAACUCUUGCGCGUCCUCGCCGUUUACAUUCCGGUCCAUCUCUCGCCCAUUCAACGCAUUGUUUUGCCACUGUGUGAGUGAGCGAGUCCAAGUGAUCCACCCGAAAAAAAAACUCCCCGAAGAACGAUAGCCGCAAAAGAAGAAGCAAUUGUUUACACCGCGAUCACCGGGCUCUCGAUCGGUGGAAGAAAAGAAAAAAAAGCAGUCGAAGAACUCCACACGGCGACGACGAAGUAAGAAGAACGCCGCCGCGGCCGUCGAAGUAAAAAACCGGUUAUACAUAAUCAAAAAUAAUUACAAUCGAUACAGGCAGCCACAGGCUUGGUCGUGAACUCUCUCGUUUUGUGUGGUUGGGCUGAUCGCGCGUCUCUUCAUUGACUCUGUCUGUGCUGGAGAACGACUCGUCCCGUAUUCUCGGUUCUUGGCUACUUGCUUAUUAUAUAUAAAUAACAGAAAAGACGUGCAAAGGUGAGGACAAAGAGGAAAACGAAGCCGAUAACUUGCUUUUUUCCUCUGUUCUCUGUUGUCUAGUUUCGUGGACCAAGUCAAAUCCAUUUCCACCACACAACAUUGCUCGGUCGGUGUAUUUUUAGAAGAGUUGUAGAAUAUUUCCAAACAGUUCCAGCGAGUUAAGAGCGAGAGAGAAGUUGUAAAAGAAACGAAUGUGAGCAAGUGCGAUCGUGAAGAAUAGAGGAAAUAAUUAUCUCGAAUCACAAAAAAAAAACUAUAAAGUUAAGGUUAGGAGCGGAAAAACGAGAAAAGUUUACUAGAAUUUUUUGCUCUAGGACAAUCAUACUGAAUAACAGACAAUUUUAGACUGUAAGGCCCAAAUAGGCGUUAGGAGAAGCGUUUUGACAAUCAAUUCAAUCGCUGUUCAGACCAAUCCGGACUUCGAUCAGUCGUCCGGUUAUCGAGUCGUGUUUCCAAACUCUGACAAUCUCUAAAAUUUUCUAAAACUUUACAAUCUCUCAUAGAAGUUAUACACACUUUAGACACAUAUCUAAUACGUAGUGAUCGUCGCAUCUGACAAUCGUUCUUAACCUUCGACAAUCUCUUGUAUCUCUUGAAAUUUCCGCCUCUGGAAGGCACAUUAGCAAGUAAAAAGAUAGUUCGUAAGGCAGAUUAGAAACACACAGUUCAAUUACGUAGAUGCAUUCCAGUUAAUCGAAGACAGUAGCUGUCCUCAAGCGCGACUGUUCGCGAAGUCUGCAAAUCAAUCUCCGCAACUCGCGACCAUUCACGUCACCACGUAUUUCCGACCGGGUCCAAUCUUCUGUCCCCCCUUUAUACCGCCACCGCCGCCGCUAGGUGUCGCCGCCGUCGCCUCGCCGCCCUCCGUAGUCAGCCAGCCGCCGCCACCACCUCAGCCUCAGUUCGGUUCGAAUCCUUCCCUACCGCCGGCCCCUCAACCCUACCCGACGCAUCAAUUUGCGACCCCGCUGUACCCUCCCAGUUGCAACUCGACCCCCCCUUCAACCCCCUGUUGCAACGCCGCUCAACAGUUGUGCUACUGCGGUCACUGUAGCUACCAACCGCCGCCGAGCAUUCCACCGACCCUGAUUCUCAGCCGCUUUACCGAGAUCAAUCUCGGCCCGCAACAGCACUUCGGCAAUCCAAACCAGCAGCCCACCGGCACCACCAUCGGAUCGCUAAGCGGAAGCGAGCCCAGUCUCAACAUUCCCACCGGCAAAGAAAUCAUGCGAGGUAGCGACGAACUCCUCAGUCAGGCAGCAGUCAUGGCACCCGCAUCGGACAACAACAACCAGGAUCUGGCCACCAAGAAGGCCAAGCUGGAACCAAACACGGUGAUCGGCGUCGGUGCCAUCACGAAACCAUCGCGGGUGGUCCACAUCCGGAACAUCCCCAACGAGUCGAGCGAGGUGGACGUCAUGCAUUUGGGAGUGCCGUUCGGGCGCGUCACCAACGUCCUGGUCCUGAAAGGCAAAAACCAAGCCUUCCUGGAGAUGGCCGAUGAAAGUGCCGCCACCAGUAUGGUCACCAUGUUCACCGCCACGCCACCGGUCGUCCGCGGCCGGACAGUCUACGUGCAGUUCAGCAACCACCGGGAGCUGAAGACCGACCAGAACCAUACCGCCACCAACGUGUCGCUGCAAGCUCAGGACCUCACGCAAUCCCCAACCGGAUCGCCACUGCCACUGGCACUCGACCAUGCCAACACCAACUCGAACCCCGGCACCGGUACCCUGGGCGGUGCCACGACACAGGGCGGCCCGAACACCGUGCUGCGGGUCAUCGUCGAAUCGCUGCUCUAUCCGGUCUCGCUGGACAUCCUGUACCAGAUUUUCCAACGGUUCGGCAAAGUGCUCAAGAUCGUUACAUUCACCAAGAACAACUCGUUCCAGGCUCUGAUCCAGUACCCGGACGCAGCCACCGCCCAGCUCGCCAAGCAAACCCUGGACGGCCAGAACAUCUACAACGGAUGCUGCACGCUGCGCAUCGACAACAGCAAGCUGACGUCCCUGAACGUCAAGUACAACAACGACAAAUCGCGGGACUACACCAACCCGACGCUGCCGUCCGGUGAACCCGGCAGCGACGUCAUCGCCAGCGCCGGCGGGCUGGUGUCGGCCGGCGAUCUGCUCCUGCUGGCAGCCGGCCAGCGCCCGCAGCUGGCCCGGGACCGACUAGUCAAAUUAGACAAAUCUCCCUACUUUCUAGUGAACGGCUUAGCGACGCCCGGUGUCAUUCCACCAUUCGGUCUAGGUCUGGGAACGCCAGCCCUCGCAAGCGCGUACGGCGGGGCCCUGCCCAAUCUCGGUGCAUUCGCACUGGCCUCGAACGGUGCCCUCGGAACGCCGAACCCGGCCGUCCUGCGGGGCCUCUCCAACGUACUGCUGGUGUCCAAUCUCAACGAGGAGAUGGUCACGCCUGAUGCUCUAUUUACCCUCUUUGGGGUGUAUGGUGAUGUACAACGUGUAAAGAUACUCUACAACAAGAAGGAUUCAGCACUCAUUCAGAUGGCUGAACCUCAUCAAGCGUAUUUGGCUAUGACCCAUUUGGACAAGCUCCGCAUCUGGAACAAGACGAUCCGCGUAAUGGCCAGCAAGCAUCAGGCGGUGCAGCUGCCGAAGGAGGGUCAGCCGGACGCCGGCCUGACCCGGGACUAUGCCCAGAACCCGCUUCACCGGUUCAAGAAGCCAGGCAGCAAAAACUACCAGAACAUCUAUCCACCGUCUGCCACACUGCAUUUAAGCAACAUUCCAGCUACCGUCACCGAGGAGGAGAUCAAAGAAUCCUUCACCAAGAACGGCUUCGAAGUCAAAGCUUUCAAAUUUUUCCCGAAGGACCAUAAGAUGGCCCUGAUACAGCUCAGCUCGAUCGAGGAAGCGGUUUGUGCGCUGAUCAAGAUGCACAACUACCAGCUAUCGGAAUCAAACCAUUUGCGCGUCAGUUUUUCCAAAUCCAACAUCUAAGCGCAUCCCCGGUGUCGAAUGUUCGGAUAGCAUGCUCCACCAGCAAACUACUUUAAAAGUAAUGUCUACUACACCCAGAUGAUGAUGAUCCCUUCCCCUCACACACAUACACACAUCGUUAUCGUCGUCGUCUAGUGUUUAGAAUUCAUCAUCAAUCAUCAUACUACGUUCUUUAAUGGAUAGGAUUUUAGGAAGAACCCCGAAACCUGCUCUCAACACCUCUCAGCACAGCUGUACACACGGAACACACUGAACCGAAACACUGGUUUGAUUUAUUAUAUUAGGAAUGGAUUACUGACGGACUGUAUCAGUAAGAAGUUUACACACUCACACACCCACAAAAAGAGCAGCCGCGCGAGCAGAUGAGACUGAUGGAUCGAUUUUGGGUAACGGAAAGGAGGAAGCUGGAACAGGAAUGAAUACAGAAGAGCGAGGGAAACAGAAUGGGAUUCGAGGGAGUGGAAAGGUCGAGUUCGUCGUCAUCUCUUACACACAUACACACAUAGAAGCAUACCACUAGAAAGUACCACUUAUGAAAAAAAAGAAUCAAAGCUACCCACUAUAGUACUACUAUACUUUAAAAUCUACACUCUAAACGAAAAAAAAAUAUCUUUUCUCAGUAGUUGUUGUACACCGCAAAAAGAAGUAAUAUAACGUUUGCUGCGCCAUUGCUCUGAUCAAAAUGAAAAUGCGUUGACACCGAAAUGGGGCUUGGCCAAAAACUCACACACACGGAGCAAAAGAAUCCUACACUGAAACAAAAAAAAACAAUGUAAAUUGAAAAAUAUGUAAUCUUUUUACCUUAGAACAAAAAGAUGAUAACAAGAAGCGUUAAAUGGGAACAAAUUAUACCUAUAACAAAACAAAACUAGAGAAAAAAAAACUAAUCUUAUCAGUUCAGAGAAACCAGAUGUAGAUGUCGGAGAAGUGGAAAGAGAAUUUAAUUCAGUGGUGUGACAGAGACGGGGAAGCGAGGGUCUCUGGUAAAAAAACAAGCUAUAGCAAAACGUAUAUUUAAAUGUACAUCCUAAACACAGGAACAAGUAGUUGAAUUUUCAAAUGUGUGUCAAGUCGAAAACUAAAAACAAAGGUGAAAGUCUUAAAUCUAGGCCGAGGCAGAUCUGAACUAUUGAAUAGUAGAAACAAUUUCAAACCAGUAAAGCAAAACUGAAUGCUUUACGGUAAUCGGGGCGCCGGAGCAACGACGCUUUUUCUCGGAAUUAUUCGCAUUUCACUUCCAGUUUGUUUCGCGGUUCCCCCCUGAAUGAGGAAACAAAACAAGAAAAAAAAAAACUAUGGUUAAACUAAUGCGCUACAUUUAGAAAUUUAUUAUUACUACUUUUAAAUCGCUGUUCAUAUCUUAAAACAAACUAUUCUUUAACGUAAUAUGUGAAGCAAACAAACAAACAAAAAAACGUGAAUUAUGAAUCUUGGUGGCUGGUUUUUUAUUACUAUUUGUGUUAGAUUUUACCUACUUUUAACCUACUACGUAAAUCUUAAUUAGUCUACUUCCUUCUUGUUUUUUUUUAAAUGCAAUCACACUCACACAUUUACAAGUAUGGCGACGAUCUGUUAUAAAAUAAAAUAAAAAAGAAAACGAGAGAGAGAGAACGAGAAUGAGCGUGAACGUGAGGCAGCGAUAGAACGCGAACAGCAGCAGCAGGAGAAGGAGUGGUAGUUCGAGGGAACUCGAAGGAAAAUAAUUACACUACUGUAUUAUUAACAGAUAGUUAGAGUCUAGUUUAUGAAGUAUAUUUUUUUUAUUUUUACAAUUUAUUAUAUUUAAAUUUAAAAGCGAGGAGAAAGAAGAACGCAUGGAAUUAUGCAGAUGACGCAAAGGAAACGACGAAUAAUUUCCAGUAUUGUUUAAUUGUAGAAUUGUUAUUGAUUGGUGGAAUAGACGCGCGCGCGACUUGGGAGGGGCAAAUCUAGGAAAGGCGGGAUGGGACGGUUUCCUGUCCCACGUAAGGAAAUAGAAUUCAAAAAAAAAAAUCGUUGAUAAAAAAAUGUCCCACAGGCCUAGUGCACCACGCGACGAUCGACCGUUAUUUACACUCUAAGUUGUAGUUAUUUAUAUCGAUACAUUUACAUUUUUAGUGUGUAAGGCGGGAAGGAAGGCGUAUAGAACCAGGUGAGAUUCGUAUUUUUUCUCUGUCUUAGUUGCAAUAGCCUUCCACCGCGAGGUUGACAAACAGUUGACCGAUCAACCAAUCAACCAACCAACCACGCAUGGACGUGGCCAGGGCAAAGAAUCUCAGGUAUAGAAUUGUGCACCCCGAGCACCCCGAUGGGCACUUGGCGGCGGCUGGUGGCCUCGCGGUGGAAUUUUCGGCGUUCGUUCGCCGGAAGCGAGCAUCAUGAUUGUGAUUGUCGAAUCGUUUAGAAUAUUGUGCGGUAAUGUAAAUUUGUUAGGGUUAUUAUUAUUGUUCGGAAUCGUUUUUUUUUUGGAUGGUAAGGGAACGGUUAUUGUGGAGGUAUGGAAUUGGUAUCUCUCAAGUGUGGAUCGCUUUCCGCCUCAUAGGAAAAUGUGAUUUGCUUUGUGAUCAUUUGCCAAAAAGAAUGCGCGUGAGGAGGAUAAAAUCUGCUGAAAUACUUCUAAAUUUCCAUCUAUCAAUGCGUUUUCUCCUUUCAACUAUUUUUUUCGACAACCACAAAUCGCGUGAAUAUCAUUAAAAUUUCUGAAUUUGGUUCGAACCUAGCGAAGGUGUAGCAACAAUAAAUGUCGAGAAAAAGUGCACCGUAAAUGCAUUAGCACAGAGGCAGGAUCUUCCGCACACUUGAAUCGUAUUUGCAACAGAGAAUCCAACAGUUGAGAGUUUGUUCACAAAACUUACCGCAUCUUAUUAGAAUUUCGAAAUAACAAAAGUUCGAACUAAGUCAAUUAUGAGUUUUUUCCGCAUUAUUAGGGCGAACUCAUUCGGACUCGCAUUGAGUCCCGAAUCAUUCAUGCUACAAAGCCCUUGAUAUCGUACUUUUUACAGCGGUACAAGUCCUCGAGCUCGAAGGUUUAAUUUGUUGAUGGACCAUUCACUUUUCGUGUCAAAAAAUAGAUGUCGAAUUGGUCGCUUUGAAAUUUCAUAAUCAUCGUGUAAAGCUAUCAGUACACUGUUUGUCAUAAUGACAAAUAUUUGUCAAGUCAGCCUGAUAUCCAUGUCGAUUUCUAAUCGGUUUGAUAGAUGUCCGGAUCAACUUGACAAAUAUUUGUCAUUAUGACAAACAGUGGACUGCGGGCUUAAGAACUGGAAAUGUCGCAAUUCGACAAAGCAUUAAUCAUUGAUAGCUAUAUCACCAUUGGAGUGAUUGUUGUCCGAUGUCCAAUUUUAAGCUCUGGCUCUCCGGCAUUUUAAGCCCAUUUACUGCCUCUUUGGCUGAAUAUUCGACGACAUACCGACUCGAAAGUGACAGAAUAGGUGUCGAAUUGACAACGAGAAUUAAUAAACUGAACUGGAUUGAUUGUGGUUCGUACAAUUCCAGCUGUUGGAUUCUUAUCAGCAUUUUUUAACAUCAUUUUCAAGUGCGAUCGCCAGUCAACGGUGCAGGAUUGGUGGUCGGAUAGGCUGAUCCGCCCCAAAAAAAAUGAGACAACAAAACGUGUCAAAUCAAACAGGUAUAACCCCGUUGCGGUGCGGUGAGAGAAAAUCAAUCAUAUUUUGUAACGAAAAAAAAAACUGCUGAAAACAAUCAUUCGAAUGCGUGUCAGAGGUGAGAAUGAGAGCAUAUUAUGGAGUGCGUGUGCGAGAGAGUGAGAGAAAAAUGCGUGACAAUUCAUCAGAUGAAACAGAGAAUACAAAAAACACUGCGUUCACAAAACAAUGGAAGCGUACUCUCUCACGCGCGGAAGCAGUCGUACAUAAGAUCAAAACAAACCAUGUGACAGACAGAUAGUAGGCGUUGCAUUUUGAGCUUAUCGAAGAAAAUCAAAGCGAAGCAGAUGGUGAACACUAACUUAAUUAGUAAAACAAAAAUCGGUAACUUAUAUAUCUGAGCGACACAAAGUAUUGGAAACUGAAGGAAAUUAUAGUAAAAUUAAACUAUAGAAAGUGGUGAUUAAAUCAUUAAAACAGUUUUUAUGAUUAUUAUGAUAAAUAAAGGUAUAUUGAAAACUAUAUAUUUAGAGUAUUAAUCUACAUUUAAAAAGAAGUAGAACAGGUGUAAAGCAGAGAACGCGGGACGAUCCAAAUUCAAACGGACGAUAAACGUAAAAAAAGAAUGGAUAAACACAAACGCUAGGAAAAAUUGAACAAACAUAUUUACACAUACAGAAUAAGGCGGAAGGCGAGCAAAGGUGACAGAAGUUUACACAAAGAGACACAAGUGAAAUCAUACGAACUCAGAGCCCGCCGUCGCUGCCCGCCUGUCAUCAUGGGACGAAAGGGCCAAAAUGGGAGGGCAAGCAGACACAGAGAAAUUCGAAUAAUGAAUAUGAGAAAUCUCGACAAUCAGAUGAUGUUAUAUUUUAGCGAUAAAUCUUUAAUCUUCAAACUCUAUUAUUAUAUACUAUUGUAAAACAAACAAGGAAAGACGUGAACAUUUUCUUAUACACACAUACCCACUAACACUUACACAAGCCGAAAAAACAAUCGUAAGGAGCGUUACACGCUUCGCACAUGCGAGUGAAAAGUCUUCUAUGCACUCUGAAAUGGAAAUACAGAAAUAUAUACCCCACAAUCACACACUGAAAUCAAAUCAAGUAAAUAGAUAUCAACUAAACUAUAUCUUAUUAGCUAUGUACUAGUAGAGCGCAAUGUUUGAACGAUUGAGACAAACCGUUUGCAUAAACCUCUUUUAACCCCUUCUAAAGGAUGGAGAAAAACGUAUCUAUUAAUUUUACUUUUGUUUUACUCGGUAUUGUACACAAACACACUUACAAUUUUACGCUAUUAUUGAUUGUUGAUAACUACACUCUCAUCAAUAGACAUGCUGUCACACGCAAUCAGAACUCUCACCUUCUUCAAUCUUCUUAUUAGUUGUUAGUGUGAGAACAAACAUAAAACCAACCUUGCGAAGAGAGCCGAUGGACAUAGACAGCAGCGGAGCUAGAGAAAGUGAGAGAUAAUUAUUAAAGAGAUUUCAAAGCAAACAAACACACUAAACUGGAAACGAUCAAAACUCGUGUUAUCGAUGCUAGCCAGAAGAUGUCGUUUAGAGAGAUGUUUUUUAGUUAAAAUAAGCUUAAACACCAGACAGAAGAAAAUGGGAUACAACUGAACUGUUUAUUUAAUGUUAAAUCUAAGUGUUAUGCGGUAGAAACAAAAACCAACAAAAUGACAAAAGGACAGUGAAAAAAUCCUCUGCACAUCAGAGAUAAACUCUUCAUUUCUUCAUGAUUUUUUUUUUAAUUUCCUGCAGGUAUUUUUUCGGGUUUGUUUACAGAAUAUUUGUAAUUAUUUCCUUAGCUUAAAAAUCAAACAAAAAUGUCUCAACACUACACACACUUACUUCAUAUUAGGAAAAUAUCAAAAAUUCUAUUCCACGUUUAAUGUUGCUCUGCGGGAAUGUAGGCAACGUGUAGAACCUAAUCUUUACAACUGUAUUGUAAACACGCGGAAUCAAAACACAAACAACUAAGUAAAAAUAUCAAAAAAACUCAAACAAAAAAAACUUAUAUCAAUGUAUUUGCAAUUUAAUCGAAUAAGACAGCGAAAAUUGCUGACAAACUGAUGGAUGACGAUGUUCGUUCGUACUACUGCGUUUAUAAAACACAAAACAAAUUCCAGACCUUGUAGCGAAGACAAAAAAAAUGAAGAGAAGAAAUCUGAAAAUGUGUACGUGCGGGCGUGCGCUCGCACGCACGUGCACCCACAGACGCGCUUGUAAGUGUAGGAUACCUAUAUGAAUAUAAUUUGCAUAGACCGCCCCUCCCAGCAUUAGGAUGUGCAUUUGUGGCAACUGAAAUAAACGCGAAACAUGAUUUUUUGCAAUAUACAUA